AUGACUUCCUCAUCGCACCACCACUCCGCGCGCGCCUCAUUGCAAUCCCGCUGGCACGGCGGCGCGCACAAGGCGGGUUACGGAAUCCACGCGGCGCACUCUGGCUCUGCUACCCCUGGUUGCACGCCCCGCCGCCAGCCCCCCCGCGAUGCAGACCUGGCCGCGGCGAGCGCGGGGAGGCUGCAGGUUCAGGGCCUCGUGGUGGAGCGGCCCAAACCUAUAGACGGCGUGAAGCUGAAGGACCUGGUGGAGGCGAAGGCGCAGGGCGGGGGGAACGUGCUGGGGGAGUUCGGGGGGGAGGCGGAGGAGGAGGGGGAACGGGCGUGGGAGGAGGAGGGGGAGAUGGAGGAGCGCGCGCUGGUGGACCUGAAAGGCGAUGGGCGCAAGGCGAAGGAGCCAAGUCACACCAACCCCCUUGGUUGA